UGCACGGCUAAAGAAUGUACCUGACUGACGUGCAGACUAUCCGAGAUGUACCAGAAAAGUACCACUGGUACAUAAUCUUCUUCAUAAACAAGAACCACGUGGGGAAACGUGGCAGGCACGUGGGCACAUCUCCUCAUCUGACUGAGUUCCUUCCACCUUACUGCAAUGUUCUGUACAGUAAUUGUUUUGAGAGUGUGUCCCGUGGACAGAGAUCUUAUCAGCUCGUUAAUAAUGGACAGCUUAACGACGGAAAACUUAAUCAGAGAGAAGAUCCUCACACAUUCCCUGAGAACUGGCCAGAAAGAGUACCACGAGGGUUGCAUGACACUCUGGGUGUCAGACUUCAGUUCUCAUCAUGGGGUCUUGAAGAGUUCCACAGAAUCAAGGGAAACAGACGUGCUGUGGAGAGCAGUGGUGAGAUUAGUCUUGGAUCAGAUAGCGAUAAAGAGAAUUGUUUAGUCUGGUUAAACAGUAUACUACCUACAAAAACAACUGGUGGUAAAAGUUCUGUUGGGCAUGAAGAAGCAUCAGAAGAUGAAUAUUCAGAUGAAGAUGAACAUUCAGAGAACGAUGAACAUUCAGACUCAAAGGGGGGAUCCAACUUCAGUGAACGUAUGUCAGAGCUCAUACAGUUUGUGAAUUCUGAGCAGGAAAAGAUAGACGAACACAAGAUAUUAGAAUCAUAUGGAGCGGACAUAGACCCUUCGAUAGAAUCGAAAUCCGAUGUAAUCAGUUAUUUGAGAAACUUUUGUACUCAAACAGUGACCAGAGAGCAUGUUUGCGAGCGAAACAGUUCAUCAGAAUCCGACGAUUCAUCUGAUGAUUGUAGCUCUGUUGACGAUCCUUAUGCUCAAAAUUCAUUCGUUCAGAGAGCGAGUGAAUUCAAUCUUUGUAGGUGUGACAAUCCUGAUUGUUUAGGACAAGAGCACUGUUAUUUAUUGGAAGAGGCCGAGGACUCCAGCUCUGAUUCAGACUCCACCACCAUCAGAACACUCUCGGAGGUUUCAGAAUCUUUUAGUGCCGACCUCCAGCAAACAACAAACAUGGAAUGUGGUCCUUCAUAUUCUGGUGGAGCAACGUCUGACUGUUUACCAAGUAAAAUGUCAAGAUUCAUCAGAACGACUGGAGACAAUAUCAGGAGGAAAUUACCAAGCAUCAGAAAUCCUUUCAAACGAAAAAGAAUUCUGGACCCUGAUUAUAUUGUGUGAUAAUUUGAUAACAUUUUAUAGUGAUCACGAAAACUGCCCAAAAAUGACAUUAAAUUACAAAGAAAUUAUCAUAU